UCUGGCCUUCUGAGGUACCCAAGGAGCUGCCACCCCUCCACAGCCACUGUCCUAAGCGCAGCUGCUGCACCGGCCGUUGACUGUCUCCAUGCCCUGGCCCGGCAGGAGAGGAGAGGAGAGGCCGGCGGAGAAUGGAGUGUCCUUUGAACGCGCUCCAGCAGUGACAGGUGGCCUGAAAGGCGACGCGUAACGCGCUCACACUGCUGUAAAGGAUACUGCUGUCCGCGCACUAAUCCGGCUCCGUCCCACGGAGUAUAGAAGGGGCCGGCUCCGUCCCAGCACUGGCACAGCUCGCACGCUGCUCGGACCGCCUGCUGCCCCGGGGACCCCAGGGCAUGGCGGGGGGGUGCUAGGACCCGCGCUCCCGAUGGCUGCAACAGCAGGAAGCCCCGAGCACGGGCUGCCGAGCAUGGAAGCAGAAGCCAAGCCAAGGCCCGCAGAGAUGCCCCAGGGUUUGGAGGGCCCCGCUGGGCAGCCAGCCGCUGCCACGGCUCCUUCGGAGGGGGUGCCAGUGGGCCAGAAUGCCGGGCCUUGCACCAGCGUGGGGGAGGACACGGCCCCCGGCGGAGCAGAGAGACUGCCCCAGUCUGCCCCAGCAACCUCGCAGCCAACGGCGAGAGGAGAAAAGGCAGAGCCUGGAGAGAAGGGCGCCCCCGUGGCUGGGAAGGGGGCGAAGGCCGGUGAGAAGAAAGCAGAGGCCAAAGAGGGGGCAGAAAGCCAGAGCCAGCCUACGGCCUCCAAGCACGAGCCCCCAGCUCCCCAGUGGAGCCAGAGCUGCCCAGUCAGCAACCAGAGACCAGGGGAGGAGCCCCGGGUGGUGAAGAUGGGAGCCGAAGAGGCCUCUGCACGUGCAGAGAAGAGUCCGCAGGGUCCAGCAACUCCCGCCAAAGGAGCCAGCGCUUUGCCGGCAGAGCCCAGUCUAGUGGAGGUGCCUGGCCCUGCUUCGGAUGCCCCCAGAGACCAGACUUGUGCAGAGAAACCCACCCCAAGUGAGGUGCCCAGCCCAGCUAGUAGCAGCGGGGACAUGACCCCCGCAGAGCCCCCCAGCUCAGUGGGGCUACCCCACCCUGCUUCAGACGAGACCCCCGCAGAGCCCCCCAGCUCAGUGGGGCUACCCCACCCUGCUUCAGACGAGACCCCCGCAGAGCCCCCCCGCUCAGUGGGGCUACCCCACCCUGCUUCAGACGAGACCCCUGCAGAGCCCCCCAGCUCAGUGGGGCUACCCCACCCUGCUUCAGACGAGACCCCUGCAGAGCCCCCCAGCUCAGAGGGGCUACCCCACCCUGCUUCAGACGAGACCCCUGCAGAGCCCCCCAGCUCAGAGGGGCUACCCCACCCUGCUUCAGACGAGACCCCUGCAGAGCCCCCCAGCUCAGAGGGGCUACCCCACCCUGCUUCAGAUGAGACCCCUGCAGAGCCCCCAAGCUCAGUGAAGCAGCCUUCUCUAGCCUUGAACAUCCCCAGAAAUGCUGGGAAAACAGGCCCUGUGGCUGAGGAACAGCCACCUUCACCAGAGGAGGAAGAACUGGAGCCCCCGCCCAGCCCCUACCUAACGCCAGACUUCGGGAAAGAGGACCCUUUCCAGAUACUGGAUGAUGUUCCUCCGCCACCCGCUCCCUUCGCCCAUCGCAUUGUCACCCUGAAAUCCGGCACCGUGAACAGCAUGUUCAACAUCAACACCAAGGAGAUGCUGGGAGGGGGGAAGUUUGGCGAAGUCCGCACGUGCACCGAGAGAGGGACGGGGCUCAAACUUGCAGCCAAAAUCAUUAGGAAACAGGGGUCGAAGGACAAGGAGAUGGCCUUGGUUGAAAUCGAGGUGAUGAACCAGUUGAACCACAGGAACCUGAUCCAGCUCUAUGAAGCCAUCGAGACACCACGGGAAAUCGUCCUCUUCAUGGAGUUUGUGGAGGGCGGGGAGCUCUUUGAGCGCAUCAUCGACGAGGAUUACCACCUGACAGAAGUGGACUGCAUGGUGUUCGUGAGGCAGAUCUGCGACGGGAUCACCUUCAUGCAUCAGAUGCGCGUCCUGCACUUGGACCUCAAGCCUGAGAACAUCCUGUGUGUCACCUCCACGGGGCACAUGGUGAAGAUCAUCGACUUUGGGCUGGCGCGAAGAUACAACCCGCGGGAGAAGCUGAAAGUGAACUUUGGGACCCCCGAGUUCCUGUCCCCGGAGGUGGUGAACUACGACCAAGUCUCCUAUUCGACAGACAUGUGGAGUCUGGGCGUGAUCACCUACAUGUUGCUAAGCGGCCUCUCCCCUUUCCUGGGAGAUGACGACACUGAAACCCUGAACAACGUCCUGGAAGCCAAGUGGUACUUCGACGAGGAAGCCUUUGAGGGCAUCUCGGAUGAAGCCAAGGACUUCGUCUCGAAUCUGAUUAUCAAGCAGAAGAGCGGCCGGAUGAGCGCGGCCAAGUGCCUCCAGCACCCCUGGCUGAACGACCUGGCCGAGAAGGCCAAGCGCUGCAACCGGCGUCUGAAAUCCCAGGUCCUGCUCCGGAAGUACGUCAUGCGGCGACGCUGGAAGAAAAACUUUAUUGGUGUGUGUGCUGCCAACCGAUUCAAGAAGAUCAGCAGCUCGGGAUCCCUGACGGCGCUGGGUGUCUGAGUGCGGGGCUGAGCUGGGUGGGAUUUGAGCAAGGCCAAAGGGUGAUCCCCUGAAAUCUGAGCUGUGGAUUGAAGGCCUGUUCCCCGGGGACUGCACAGGAAAGUGGCAUGUAGUCCCCGCUUCUGGAGGCAGUAGGAUCUCCACUUGGGUCCGGAAUCAAUCCGCUUCCCAAACACAAGGAGUUCCCCGCUGGGGCAAUGAAUUGAGAUAUCCCAGUUCUGUACAGAUGUGCAAUUCCUGCUCCUACUGCGGUGAGAUUACCGCUGGAUCCCAUCCCGCUGAGAGUCUGGCUCUAGAUUCUGUCCCUGCUGUAGAUCCCAUCCCGCACUGCUACUGCUCGAGGGUCUGGGCCACCGGGAUAAUGCCGCUCUGACUCCUGAACUGCUGCGAGAUGACGCCUCUCGGUCCUGUGCCUUGUGUGCGGCUCCGGAUCCGGAUCCCAGGCGCCUGCAAAACUGCCUCUGUGGAUCUCCUGCUGGUUCAAUACCACCACACUGGGAUUCCCGCUGUCUGUGAUCCUGGACCACUAGGACAUACUAUACCUUUGAUCCCAUGGAGAUUACUGGUCUGAAGCUCACACACGUGUGGUGUUGCCAGCUUAGCACCCUGUAUCCCUGCUACAGAUUCUGUGCUGCUGUGACAGCUACCCCGCUGCAUCCCGUAGGCUCCUGAUCCUAACCACUGUGCAAUUACCAGGCCCGGCCUCUUCUGUAUCCCCUAGUGCGGCUGAGUCCCAUCCUCCCUGUGCUGCUCUUGGCCUGGACCCUUUGCUGUAGUGAGACGACGGCGCUGACCUCGCCGAGCUGUGGAAUUGCCGAUUGGAAUCCCACCGCACGGGCGACCGGAGGUGCGGAGAGCACCUUGCAAAGCCUACACUGCAGCAGCGUUGGACUCCACUUUGCAAUUCCCUGCGUCCUGCUGUUCGUGUUCCACUCCCGUUCUGAGACGUGCAAUGGGACACGCAGACCAGCCUGCUGAGUGCUGCAAGGUCCCUUCUCUUGCUGGGCUCAGUACGCACCACACACCAGUCACUACCUGAGAACCAAGAUUCCUGCUCUCGGCCUCUGAGUGCAAUAGGAGACACGCCAUGGCAACGUCACCAGCAUUGAUGGUCACGGCCUCAGGAUGCAAUGACAUCUGUGUACGGCUGUCUGGAGCUGUGCUCCCAGCUCCUGAGUGCAGCGUGCACUCCCCAGCCCGCAGGUGGGAUGGCUACUGCCAGUCUCUGGAUCUGCUCACCACUGGACUAGCACACGAGGCUGCUGCAUGAGCAGAAAACCAUCUCUCCCCAUGAUCGGGGUCCUAGAAGCCAGGCUGCAGGGCCGAGUUCCUGUUAGUGCCGGGAGGCUCCGCGCACAGGAAAGGAGGAAGUGCAGAGCACAGAUUCCAGGCGCGUUCCCCAGAUGGAGGCCAGGGAAGAAAGAACGAGGCUUUGUGCUAGUUCCUAACCUCCCUGCCCUUCUGAGCUGCCAGCGGGGGGGAGAACACAACCUUCCCUUCACACAUCCCCCAGAAGAUAAAGGCAAGAGCGCAUCCUAAUGCAGACCAGCUGGGCUCGCCUCUCUCCCUCGCACAUAUGAAAGGACUGCUUCAGCCCUGACCACCAACGCACAGGAACUACCCUUCGCUCGCUGGGCCCAGGGACCCCCCGAUGGGAGGAGAGUGUGGGAGCUCCCUCAGGGUGUGGCGUUUCCUUUGCCUUCCAUCCUGUUCAACAGCGGGCAGGGCUGGAUCCCAGGGAAACCCGCUGCCGACCUGCCAGUGAUGUCUGAACUGCACGGGGGCAUCUAGGCCCCUCUCGGGUGGGAGUUGCCUCCCCUGGUGAUGCAGGAGCUCCUGCGUGGCCCAGCGUGCUGAUGUAGUAGCCGAUGUAGGGGUUGGGGUGGGGGGAUCCUCCAUGGAGUCGGAGGGCUUGUUCCUCUCUUGGGAGGGGGUUUGCAGAAUGAGUGUGAGGCCACGUCCCUUCCCGCCCAACUGACCCCCCCCCCCCCGGGCUUGGUGUGGUCCACAGGCGAUUCGUUAUGGGGGGGGGCUGCUAGCUAACGGCAGCCUGUAUCUGUUAGGCACAGAAACAACCAGACAGCACCUGGCCCAGCCCGAAAGUGCCUCCCACACAGCACGUGCUCUGAGCCACCCCCCCAGCUGGGGUACGUUGGUGGGACUCCGUUGACCUCAGAGGAUCUGCACCAGUUUCCACCAGCUGAGGUCUCUUCGUUAGAACCCUUCUCCCUCUGCCCCAUUUUCACCCAGGGUCCGCUGGAUUUCCUCUGCCCAGCAGAGCACAGCCCCCAGCCCCCGUAUAUGUGUGCCCUCCCUAGCAGCAGCCCCCCAGUAGUGCAGAAAGACGUACGUUCUCUUGAGAGACCCCAGAGCUCUCGGCUUAAUGUAAAUAAAUGUACAGGUCCGAUGCCAA